GUCACUUCCGGUAUAGCGAUCUGACAGAACACCGGACGCGACGGUCGGAGGAUGCGGAGAAGCGGCUGUCGGUGAGCAGCAGAUAUGGCAAACUCCACCGGUACAAGGAGAUAUUUUCCCAGGACCAGCAAAUCUCGAGCGACCUUCCAGCUCAGCGUCCAUCCUUCUCAGGAUUCUUCGAACUGUCCAGCCGAUGCCCGCAGACAAGGAGAAUCUUCAAGCCAGGGUUUGGCACAGAGCAGAUACCCAAGGACAGAGACCCGUGAAAUGAGAGUUAUACCGGCUGCUCUAAUUGGUCAGUGGAAGGAGAUGUUUAAGACACGGACUCGGGUGAAGUGUCCCAGCUCCGGGUGUUGGCGAGAAUUUCCCAGUGUGUACAGCUUGAAACAACAUUACCAGCGCUGCCAGGGGGUCGGGCUCUCUUUCCGUUUGCGAUUCUCCUGUCCAUACUGCGAAGCCGUUUUUGUCUCCAAGUCACAGCUGCAAAAACAUCUGGUUUGGAAUCACUCAGACAGGGGGGGCAACCGAGAGCAAAGACCAAAACAGUCUGCAUUCAACAGUGGGGGGAAAGAGAGGGAGGCAGAAAAACCCCCUCCUCUACACAGACAUUCUAAACCGGCCAUUCUGCGUCCCCCAGAGGAGAAUGGAGCUGUCAUCCCGCACAGCCGCCAUGCCACACAGGGAGCCGAUGAGGACUCAGGACGGAUGAAGCACAGAAGGAAACAAAAAACUCCCAAGAAGUUCACAGGAGAGCAGACUUCCAUCACUGGUGCCUUCAGCCUGAAAGGGCUGGGGAAAAUGGAGGACAAAUCUCGAGGGGGACGUGGAAGGAUCGUAAGAGGAAGAACUGAUGAGUCGAGGAAGAAGUUGCACAGUGCAAAUGCCCGUCGGGAAAACUCUGUACCACUUCCAGGCAGUUUGGAGGAUGCCUGCCAGCGCCAGGUUAAUAAGAGAGGCGAAGUUACAUGUCCUAAUUGUGUAUCCGUCACACGCAAGACUAUGGCUGGUCUGAAGAAGCACAUGGACGUGUGUGAGCAGCUGCAGGAAGCCUUGAGAUGCCAACAUUGCAGGAAACAGUUCAAAUCCAAGGCUGGUCUGAAUUACCACACAAUGGCUGAGCAUGUAAAUAAGUCUUCCAAUUCUGAGGAUGCACCAUUAGACGAACAGAAAGAGAGGGAGCGUCUUCGCAAAGUCCUAAAACAAAUGGGAAAAUUACGCUGUGCAAAGCAGGAUUGUACUGCAACUUUCUCCAGCUUGAUGGGGUAUCAGUAUCACAUGCAGCGCUGUGGACGAGAGCAGACAGAGGGGGACAAACUGUGUUUCUCCUGCCCGUAUUGCAGCAAGGAAUACCAAUCCAAGGCUGGCAGGAAUUACCAUGUGCGCUCAGAGCACUGUGCGGCUCCUGCAAAGCCAGCAGCAGCAAAAGAUGAAAGGGAACUGGAGAAUAUUGAACGAACACCCAGCGGUAGAGUCCGGCGCCAGUCGGCCCAGUUAGCGGUCUUCCACCUGCAGGAGAUAGCAGAGGAUGAACUCUCCAAGGAGGGAGGGAGGAGAAGGAUGAGAGAAGAUCUGGUUCCUGACAGUAAGAGGCUGAACUACCUGCGUCCCGGUCUGCCGACCUUUAACCCCCAGCUCCUGGAAAGCUGGAAAACGCGAGUGAAGGAGAACGGGUUCAUCUGCUGUCCGAAUAACUGCUGCGAAGCGAUAUACUCAAGUGUGUCUGGACUGAAGGCUCAUCUAGCAAGCUGUAGCAAGGGGAAUCAUUCGGUGGGAAAGUAUCGCUGUCUCCUGUGUCAGAAAGAAUUCAGCUCAGAGAGUGGAGUGAAGUAUCACAUUCUGAAGACACACUCACAGAACUGGUUCCGAGUUUCUUCAGUCUCUUCAACCCCCAAAAGAAAAGCAACGUUGAAUUUUCCUGACACCGAGUCUGAAGCAGUAACAAUGGGCAAAAAUCUAAAGAGGAGACCCCCUGCAGCCAUCACAGCCCCCACAGCAACCCUAACUAAAGAACUACCCCUUGUAAUAAAAACUAACCCCAUGAAACUAACGAGUAAACCUGCUGGACAUGCUCAUAGCUUGAGUUUCAAGGGAACAUCGAGGAAGGGCUUCCCAACCAGAGGACAAAAAUAACACAGCUGGCUGUGAUACCUAUUUGGCCAGAACUUCAGAUCAGACAUCCAGGAGCCUACAAUACUUACAACCAACACAACACAUAUAUGUUUCAGUCAAAUGCUCCUGAGCAUCAGCUGCAUCUUUUGGACCAACUAUAACCUCUUACUUGGUCAAGUGGACAAUAAUCGAUCAUUAGGUCUGAGAAUGGAUUACUUUGAUGUGGACGGUCCUGUGUACAGUGAUCAGUGGACAUGUCUACCGUGGUAUGCUUUAUGUGACCUUAAAACAUGAGGGCAAAGGCAAUAACCUAAAGUUUAAUGUGAGCACCUUAAACGUGAAUGACACUUCAAGUAUAUAUGUUUCUACACAGUGAAUAGUUUGGUUAAAGCAUAGACCGUGGGAGACCAGACAGGACAAUCCAUUUUUUGUUAGUCUUCAUUACCCAGAAUUCUCUGCCAGUCACUGACUGGUGGAAAAUUCUGGGAAACGCAGGUCAAAAAACAGAGCACAAUGCAAUGGUUUAACAUACUUCGUGUGAAUGAAUCCAGUCAAAAUGGCUCCUGUUGCCCAAGUCACUUUGGAUAAAAAUGUAUCUCCACGCAACUUAUCGCACUUGCAAAUCAGAGGAACUCCCAGAAAUACUGCUUGCUGCACACAUACGCACAUUCCUAGUAAAUAUACAUGCCUGGCUUUUAUCCAUUUUACUGUAUCAUGUCUCCCUUUGUUUACAACCACAGAAGCCUACACUCUAAUAUCUACACUUAAAAAUCAAACAAUUGUAUAAAAAGACAUACAGAUCUUGCCUAAGAGACUCUGCUUUUCUCUAUAUCUGAAGUCAGCUGCUGAUUUAACCCUUGUUAUGCAGAGAUGGUGUACCUAUAAUUACCCACCCAUUCCUGUCCAAGUAAAUGAGUAUCGCUGUCAUAUCUUACAGAUGAGCAUACUAACUUAUAGUAACACAAUAACCUAUAGAUACAUGUCAGAUUGUAAGCUCUUGUGGCCAGAUAGUUUUACCCGCACAUUUUUAUAUUUCAGAGGAGGGAUGUUGAAGAAAUGUAGCAGUAAAUCGCCUUUCCUCUAAGCAUUUAUUUUGUAAGCAAAUCAGCACUGAAACUGUUAGGGAAAGAAUGUUUUCAACAGUCACACCCUGAAGUUACAAAAGUUAGCCAAUGCAAAAUUCAGGGUUUGGUUGUUGUGAAGGUCUUUCCUUGCUGCUCCAAGAUAGAACUGCUAAAAUAUGUUUUGUGGCAAUACUGACUAGCAGUUACAUGCACAGUAUCAAUACAUGAAUAUUUAUAAUGUAUAUUUGUUGCACAUUUGUUAGUUUUAUAAAGCAUACUGUCAAACCAUAUCAUAGAAAAGACUGUAUACAAUCUAAUAUCCCCAGGCUGUGGUACAUCGCAGCCUUCCACUUAAUAUGCAAACGUGCAAUUCUAUAAUAAAUGUUAUGGGGUCUUGGGGGAGGUGGGGGUGGGGGGGUUGUUCUUUUUGAUCUAAUCAGAAUUUUGUGUUUGCAGUAAACGAGGGUAAAAGUGUGUAGCACACUGUUAAAAAAAAUCUACAGUUUAUUCCUAUCAAGUUAGCUGGUGAAAUAUGUGCUCCUAAAAUAUUAAAAUAAACCUAUUUACAGAAAACAAA